AGGACAGAAAGGCUAGCACUGGUGGGUGGAUGGGAACAGAGAUCCGAGUCCUCUUCUUCCUGGGUGUGAGUGUGGGAGGAAGGUGGGGGUCCAGAGAGGCUGGAAGGACGGCUAAGAAAAGAAGAGUUCUUCCCGAUCGAUUUCCACCUUGUACCUUUCAAACUCAGUGCGCUUUCCUUGCGGAAAGGACGCUGGGUUCAGUACGCGCGAGCGCGCCGUAGCUGCCCGCUUGUCGCCAGGUGGGUAGCCCGGGCAAAGGAGGAAGGGGAAGUUACCUUCCCCUCGGAAGAGGGCGCUGGCUCCCCCAUCCUGCCUUUAUAAUAAGGCCGAGGGGAGGAGAGGAAAUACUGCCGUCUGCGCUUUGUAAAGCAUGCAGUUAGGGGAGCAGCUCUUGGUGAGCUCGGUGAACCUGCCUGGCGCGCACUUCUACCCGCUGGAGGGUGCGCGAGGCGGCGGCGGGACCGCUGGUCACCUCCCCGGCGCGACCCCCUCGCCUCAGAGGCUGGACUUAGACAAAGCGCCCAAGAAGUUCUCGGGCAGCCUCUCGUGCGAGGCAGGGAGCGGGGAAUCCGCAGCCGCCGGCGCGGGGGCCCCCGCGGUCAUGCUCAGUGACGCCGACGCCGGGGACGCCUUUGCCAGCACCGCGGCAGUGGCCAAGCAAGGGCCCCCGGACGGCCGCAAGGGCUCCCCCUGCGGGGAAGAGGAGCUGCCAUCAGCCGCGACUGCCGCUGCUACAGCCGCAGCCGCCGCCACCGCGCGCUACUCCAUGGACAGCCUGAGCUCGGAGCGCUACUACCUCCAGUCCCCGGGGCCUCAGGGCUCCGAGCUAGCCGCGCCCUGCUCCCUCUUUCCGUACCAGGCUGCAGCCGGGGCGCCCCACGGAUCUGUGUACCCGGCUCCCAAUGGUGCGCGCUACCCCUAUGGCUCCAUGCUGCCCUCCGGCGGCUUCCCGGCGACUGUGUGCCCACCCGGGAGGGCGCAGUUCGGUCCGGGAGUCGGCGCGAGCAGUGGCGCGGGCGCCAGCGGCGGCGGGGGAGGCGGCCCGGGAGCCUAUCAGUACAGUCAGGGCGCUCCGCUCUACGGGCCGUACCCCGGGGCGGCAGCCGCGGGCUCGUGCGGAGCAUGGGGGAGCUUGGAGGUUUCUGGUUCCAGUUUACGUGCCCACGUCUACCUAUGCAACCGGCCUCUGUGGCUCAAAUUCCACCGCCACCAAACCGAGAUGAUCAUUACGAAACAGGGCAGGCGCAUGUUUCCUUUCUUGAGCUUCAACAUAAACGGACUCAAUCCUGCCGCCCACUACAACGUGUUCGUAGAGGUGGUUCUGGCGGACCCCAACCACUGGCGCUUCCAGGGGGGCAAGUGGGUGACCUGCGGCAAAGCCGACAAUAACAUGCAGGGCAACAAAAUGUAUGUCCACCCAGAAUCUCCUAAUACUGGUUCCCACUGGAUGAGACAGGAGAUUUCCUUCGGGAAGUUAAAACUCACCAAUAACAAAGGCGCCAACAACAACAACACUCAGAUGAUAGUCCUACAGUCUUUACACAAGUACCAGCCACGGCUGCACAUCGUGGAGGUGACGGAGGAUGGUGUGGAGGACUUGAACGAGCCCUCGAAGACCCAGACAUUUACCUUUUCAGAAACACAGUUCAUUGCGGUCACUGCCUACCAAAACACCGAUAUAACGCAACUAAAGAUUGAUCAUAACCCCUUUGCAAAAGGCUUCCGGGACAACUAUGAUUCCAUGUACACGGCUUCAGAAAAUGACAGGUUAACUCCAUCUCCCACGGAUUCUCCUAGAUCCCAUCAGAUUGUCCCUGGAGGUCGGUACGGCGUUCAGUCCUUCUUCCCGGAGCCCUUUGUCAACACUUUACCUCAAGCCCGAUAUUAUAAUGGCGAGAGAACCGUGCCACAGACCAACGGCCUCCUUUCGCCCCAACAGAACGAAGAGGUGGCCAACCCUCCCCAGCGGUGGCUUGUCACACCUGUGCAGCAACCUGGGACCAACAAACUAGACAUCGGUUCCUAUGAGUCUGAGUAUACUUCCAGCACCUUGCUCCCAUAUGGUAUUAAAUCCUUGCCUCUCCAGACAUCCCAUGCCCUGGGGUAUUACCCUGACCCAGCCUUCCCUGCAAUGGCAGGCUGGGGAGGUCGGGGCUCUUACCAGAGGAAGAUGGCGGCUGGACUCCCAUGGACCUCCAGAACAAGCCCCCCCGUGUUCUCUGAAAAUCAACUCUCCAAGGAGAAAGUCAAAGAAGAAAUUAGCUCUUCUUGGAUAGAGACGCCCCCUUCCAUCAAGUCUCUGGAUUCCAAUGAUUCAGGGGUCUACACCAGUGCUUGUAAGCGAAGGCGGCUGUCUCCCAGCACCUCCAGUAACGAAAAUUCCCCCUCCAUAAAGUGUGAGGACAUGAACGCUGAAGAGUACAGCAAAGACACCUCCAAAGGCAUGGGAGGGUAUUACGCUUUCUACACAACUCCCUAAAGAGUUAUUUGAACCUCAUAAGAAUGAGCUAACUUUUUGCAGAUGGACUUGGGUGGCGUUUUUCGUUGUCUUCUCUGCCUAGGUUGCCAAAAAGACGUUUGCCUUCCACCGUGAUGCGUCCUGGUCUGUGCAAUUCUCUAAAAGAAGGUGCCAAAGCUUUUUGAUUGCUGCAGGUAACUGGAACAAGCCCAGCAUUUUACUUUUCUUUCUCAAAUAAAGUUCACGGAGGACUUGAAGCAUUUUAGAAUGUGAAGGUUAUUCAAGGUUUUAGACUUAUUUAUUGGAAACACUAAACGUGCAGAGAAAGGGGCUUGAGUGCUGAGGGCUAUCCAAGGAGGUGAAAGCUUUGGUUCUUAUUUCUACAGUAUUUUUUAAAUCUGUAAGCGCAUAGAAGCCCAGAACCGGUUAGGCAUUUUGCUUCUAAUAAAGGACUGGUCCUUAAGCUUCAACAAGGGACUUUUUGCUCUUACCUUCUGCUAGGGACAAAAGAUGUUAGGCCUGGGAGGCCGGAAAAACUUGAGUGAAGGUACAGAUUUUACCUGGCUUUGAGCCGUCCCAGGCUUUCAAAACAAGCCAUGUUUGCCCUGGUUCAGGAUUGCCUCGCUUGCUAGGCCUCUGCCGUGUGCCUGGGGGGGUUCCUAAGACUCAGGAGGGGACAAAAGAGGGAGUCACCCCCAAAAAAUAAAGGAAAAGAAAAAAUUUAACGUGUACAGCUGUGUGUGGUUAGAUGCACUGUAGAAUAACGUGGGAUAUAUUGUACAAAUAGUCUACAUAGGUGUCUGAGAUUAUGUACCAUUGGUGCUUCGGCUUUGUAAAGAGUUUGCAGAUCACCUAACAACGGCUUCCGCCAGAGCAGGGGGAUAGUUCCUCUCCUCACCCCCACCAUAUUUGGGGAUAUUCUGUUUACCUGUUAGAUAGUUAAGAAUGUAUUCAGCUACUCUGUACUUAACUUGAACCGUGUCUAAGGAAAACUCCUAUUGCACCCUUUUCCUCCGCCAUCCCCAGUACCGCCCAACUCCAUGAUGUGAAUAAACUAAAAGCCGAUGCCA